CCCCCCCCGACCCGCCCUCCCGCGGUGCCCCCCUGUCCUCUCCCGGCGGCUCCGCGGCGUUCCGCCACAGCGCGUGCGGCCAGCCAGCGAGAGGGCGCGAGCGGCGGCGCAGCCUGCAGCCUCCCGCCAGUCGGCGAGCCAGUGCGCGUGCGCGGCGGCGGCGGCGGCCUCGGCGGCGGCUGGAAAGCGGAGCAGCGGGGCAGCAGGGCGAGCGAGCGAGCAGGCGGUGCGGGCGCGCGAGGCCAGGCCGAGUCGCGAGCGACAUGGGGGACCGAGAGCAGCUGCUGCAGCGGGCGCGACUGGCGGAACAGGCGGAGCGCUACGACGACAUGGCCUCCGCCAUGAAGGCGGUGACAGAGCUGAAUGAACCUCUAUCUAAUGAAGAUCGAAAUCUCCUCUCUGUGGCCUACAAGAAUGUAGUUGGUGCCAGGCGAUCUUCUUGGAGGGUCAUUAGUAGCAUUGAGCAGAAAACCAUGGCAGAUGGAAACGAAAAGAAGUUGGAGAAAGUUAAAGCUUACCGGGAGAAGAUUGAGAAGGAGCUGGAGACAGUUUGUAAUGAUGUCUUGGCUCUGCUUGACAAGUUCCUCAUCAAGAACUGCAAUGAUUUUCAGUAUGAAAGCAAGGUGUUCUACCUGAAAAUGAAGGGCGAUUACUACCGAUACCUGGCAGAAGUGGCUUCUGGGGAGAAGAAAAACAGUGUGGUUGAAGCUUCUGAGGCCGCAUACAAGGAAGCCUUCGAAAUCAGCAAAGAGCACAUGCAGCCAACACACCCCAUCCGGCUUGGCCUGGCCCUCAAUUUUUCUGUGUUCUACUAUGAGAUCCAGAAUGCACCAGAGCAGGCCUGCCUCUUAGCCAAACAAGCCUUUGAUGAUGCCAUAGCUGAGCUGGACACAUUAAAUGAGGAUUCCUAUAAGGACUCCACUCUCAUCAUGCAGUUGCUGCGAGACAACCUCACCCUCUGGACGAGCGACCAGCAGGAUGAAGAAGCAGGAGAGGGCAACUGAAGACCCUUCAUGUCCCUGACCCUUCCCUCACCCACCACCCCUAAUCAUCACUGAUUCUUCCUUGCCACAAUCACUAUAUCUAGUGCUAAACCUAUCUGUAUUGGCAGCACAGCUAUUCAGAUCUGCCCUCCUGUCCCUUGGGAAGCAGUUUCAGAUAAACCUUCAUGGGCAUUUGCUGGACUGAUGGUUGCUUUGAGCCAUGGGGCACUCCCUUUUUGAAGUGUGCGGAGAAGUGUGUUCUGAAUGAGGCAUUUUAUUAUGUCUGUUGAUCUAUAGCAAAUACAGGUGACAGUAAUUGAGGAGUGUAGGAAGGAGCAUUAGUCAACACGGGCUGUGGCUGCUAUUUAAAACAAGCUGAUAGUGUUUGGUUAAGCAGUACAUCUUGUGCAUGCAAAAAAUGAAUUCGACCCUCUCGCCCCUUCAGCUAAUGGAACCUGACACAGCGACAACUUGUUCCCUCACCGUCAGCUGUACAAACUGUUUACCGUGAGCUUUCAGCAGCCCCUGCUGUGCCUCUUAAGUUAUGAUGUGCGCACACUUUCUUUUUUCAAUGCAAUGCAUCAGAAGUUUUGAUAUGUGUAACUUUUUUUUUGGUUGUGAUUAAGAAUCAUGGAUUUAUUUUUUGUAACUCUUUGGCUAUUGUUCUUGUGUACCCUGACAGCAUCAUGUGUGUCAACCUGUGUCAAUCAUGAUGGGUGGUUAUGAAAUGCCAGACUGCUAAAAUAAAUGUUUUGGACAUAAAAAGUAAAUAAAUGCUGCUUUGGGGAUAUUA